AUUUGACCCAUCAUUCAACACGCUAAUUCAGGAUCGGAGAUGGCGUUAAUCAGGGAAAAAAGAAAAAAGAAAGAAAAAUUGCCAAUCGAAAUCAGGAGUCGAGCCCAUGUCAAUCAAUCGGUGGAUUCGAUGCCAUGCACUCUAAAAUCCCCACCUUGUCAGUGUGUGUGUGUGUGGCUGACUGCCUCCACGAUUGCAUCGCUCGUUAUAAAGACUUGAAGGCUUCUCGCUUUGUUACCCAUCACACUCAUCUCAAAAGCUAAAACCACUCUGAAGAUCCAAGAUCAAGAUCGAUAUCAAAGAUAAAAAGAUCACCGCACCCGUCCCCUCAGCAGACCAUUGAUCGUUCUGCACAAACUUACGAUCCCUCUUCCUUCCUCAACCUUUUAUCAAGAUGGGCUACAAAACCAACUAUGAGCCUUACAGGAGUCAAAGCCUGGAUAUGAGGCAAGACCUCUCCUCAGAGGAACUUCUCUAUCCAUUGGGAGAUCUCUAUCCACACGUCGUGGCCCUUCAACUACAAUCCGAGGACAACCCAUGGUCCAAGAACUUCCCUGGCUAUCCAGAUGUCAAUUAUUGGGCCGAAGUUUCUUCAUCACGGCCGCCUUCGGAGACUUCUUCGAAGCAUACAACAUGCAGGUACCGCAGCGGUGAGUCCCCUCUCGUCCUCCAAAUGUUACCUGUCACAUUUUGCUAAUCCUGAUGAACUACAGACUCCACAACCUCCAGAUUUGU